AUGGUCUCUGGACGUAGCCUCUUCAGCGCCCUCUUGGGACUCGCGCUCACCUUCACCUCGACGCUCGCCGCCGAGAACUACAUCGUCUCGGGCGAUCGAUGGCGCGACACCUCGGGUGCCUAUAUCAACGCCCACGGCGCUGGACUCAUCCACGACUCUGCCGACAACCUCUGGUACUGGGUCGGCGAAUACAAGAACUCGGGCAACGGCUUCCAAGGGUUCGCGCUCUACUCUUCCUCGGAUCUCAUCAACUGGGAUUCCCACGGGCUCAUUGUUCCGCCUUCUUCGUCGCUGCCGUUCCAGGUGGGUGAGCGACCGAAGCUGAUCAAGAACCCGUCUACUGGCGAGUAUGUGCUGUGGUUCCACGCCGACUCGUCCAACUACUCGCUCGCCAAGGUGGGCGUCUGCUACGCCAACAGCGUCACGGGUCCUUAUACAUGUCCUGAGAACGGCGUCUUCUCACCGCUUGGCAUGGAGUCGAGGGACAUGAACGUCUACGUCGACACGUACAACAACAACGCGGGUUAUUUGCUGUUUGCGACCAACGGCAACGCCGACACUGCCAUCGCACGCAUGACGUCGGACUACAAGAACGUCACCACGCUCAUCUCGACCAUCAACUCGCGGCUGGAAGGCUUCGGUGUGUUCCGCGACGAUGCCGGUCUGUACAACAUGGUCGUCUCCUACCAGAGCGGUUGGCAGCCCAAUGCCAACACGCUCUACACCACCCCGGACCUCGGCUCGCAAACACCGCAGUUUUCCAACUACAUCGCCCCCGAAGCGUACAACACGUACAACAGCCAGAACACGUUUGAGAUCAGUCCGAACGACAAGCUCGAGGUGUACCUAGGCGAUCGGUGGUGGGUGACCGAUCUCGAGUCGAGCAGCUACGUGUGGUACCCGAUCGUCUCACGCAAUCUCGUGCAUCUGCCGCUAUGGAAGCCUGACGCCUCCUCGGCGAGCGGGUACGCCGUUCCAGCCAACACGACCUUCCCGCUCUCCUCGUCCACCACCACCAUCGGCGGCAACAACCCACAGGCCAAAUUCGGCAGCUGCUCGGCCUGCCCCUCGGGACAGAUCGCGACGUAUGUCGGCGACGGCGCUACCUUCACGCUCGACGUCUCGUCCCCCAACGGCCAGGGCGGAGACGUGUGGAUCAGCAUCUACUACUCCAACCAGGACGGUUACCCCAAUUGGCGCUUCGGCAGUGUCAGCAUCAACGGAGGCGCUAGUCAGAGUGUGACGUUCCCCACCGGCGGCAGUCCCAACGGCGUGCUCCAGGACACCCCCGUCAAGGUGUUCCUCCAGCCCGGUCAGAACUCGUUGACCUUCUCGGCUGAUGCCAAUAACCCGCAGAGCUAUGCGGCCGAUAUCAGCCAUGUGAUUGUCUGGCAGUCGGACCAGUAG